AAUUAGUAAAAUUAGAUUUUUUUUAAAAUCAAUUUUUACCAUAUUUCAUUAUUUUUAAUUAUAUUUAAUUUGUGAUUAAAUGAUGUCAUAAUUUGUUUAAAAAAGUUAAUCUGUGAUAAACUUUUAACAGGUAGGAAAUACGAUAUUCAACAAUUUCUUCUUAAACAAGUUAAGGGUACCCCAAUUAUAAGAGAAAGAAGUGGGCUAUAUAUUGAUAGUGCACCACUCACCCAUAUACAGAAUAUUAUUGCUUUAAAGAGGAAAAAAAAGAAAAGGAUUCAAACUCUGAAAAAAUGGGUCAACUCCACGUUUUAUUUGUCCCGGUGAUGGCUCACGGCCACAUGAUUCCCACACUGGACAUGGCCAAGCUCUUCGCUUCCCGUGGCGUCAAGUCAACCAUAGUCACCACCCCACUGAACCGGACCGUUUUCGCCGGAGCCGUAGAUAAACAGACCGGGUUGGGUCACCAGAUGGAGAUCCGUCUCCUCGAUUUCCCCGGCGCCCGGGUCGGAUUGCCGGAGGACUGCCAGCGGCUCGAUCAGCUCGCCUCCGACGAAGAAAUCCCCAGGUUCAUGAAGGCCUGCUCCUUGCUCCAGGAGCCCUUCGAGCAGCUCCUGGAGGAGCUCCGCCCGCACUGCGUCGUCGCCGACAUGUUCUUACCUUGGGCCACGGCCGCCGCCGCCAAGUUCGGCAUCCCUAGACUCGUGUUCCACGGGACCAACUCCUUCGCCUUGUGCGCCACGCACAGCCUCAAAAUCCACAAGCCGUACCUGAACGUCUCCUCCGAUUCGGAUCUGUUCGCGAUUCCGGAUCUCCCGCACCAGGUGAAGCUCACCCGAUUGCAGGUUUCUCCGUUCUCACGCGCCGGCCAGGAAGAGGAAUCCCCCAUGUCGGAGUUCAUGAGACAGGUUAGCAUGUCGGAGGAGACCAGCUUCGGGGUCAUCUUCAACAGCUUCGACGAGCUCGAACCGGAAUAUGCAGAGCACUACAAGAAUGUUCUUGGCCGGAGGUCCUGGUUUGUGGGUCCGCUUUCCCUCUCUAACAGGGACACAGAGGACAAGGCCCAGAGGGGGAAGAAAUCCUCAAUCGGCGAGAAAGAAUGCCUGGAAUGGCUUGAUUCCAAGAAACCCCACUCGGUGGUUUACGUUUGUUUCGGAAGCGUUGCCAGCUUUGCGGAUUCUCAGCUCCGGGAAAUGGCCGCCGGGAUCGAAGCUUCCGGACAGGAGUUCAUCUGGGCGAUAAGAACGCCAGCAGGGGAGAAGGAGGAAUGGAUGCCGGAAGGAUUCGAGGAGAGAACGAGAGGAAAGGGGAUGAUCAUAAGAGGGUGGGCCCCGCAAGUGCUGAUUCUCGACCACGGAUCAGUGGGCGCAUUCGUGACGCACUGCGGGUGGAACUCAACGCUGGAAGGGGUGUGUGCGGGCGUGCCCAUGGUCACCUGGCCAGUCUUCGCAGAGCAGUUCAUCAACGAGAAGCUGGUGACGGACAUUCUUCGGACAGGUGUAGGGGUGGGGUCCAAGGAGUGGAAAAGAUCGGGAAGUGACGGGGUGAAGAGAGAAGCGGUCGUGGAGGCGAUCAAGAAGGUGAUGGUCGGGGAGGAGUCGGGGGAGAUGAGGAGCAGAGCCAAGGCGCUGAAAGAGAAGGCGAGAGAGGCGAUCGAGGAAGGCGGGUCUUCUCACUCGGGUUUGAGUGACUUGCUUGAUGAAAUGAGGACUUAUCACACUGCUAAACUCUGAAUGAUUAUCGCUUGGUGAUCGUCCAACCGGUUCUGAAGGAUUUUCAUGAUGAGAUUCAUCUUCUUCUUUCUUUUUUGAUACAUUCCCUGUUUUACUCUCUAUACAUGUUGUCAUCAAUCCCACAUUGUUAUUGUUACUCAUUGUUAUGUUGUCUGACACAAUCUAGAAAGAUGGCAUUGGUGCUGCUCUAGUGCUAAUUGUGUUGUUU